ACUGCCUUAGGAUUUCAAUCCAGCCGCUGAUUCCAGAUCUUCCACGAAGGUCAGACCUCGGUUUCAGAGACGCCGUCGAUUUGUGGGCUUGUUUGGAGAGAUUCGAGACCAUUUCCCUGCGUCCGUGAACACUCGUUGUGAGGUUCACCACUGUUCUGUCCUCUUCAGGGGUUGAAAAUCAUACCCUCACUCCCCCCUACAAAUCAGUUUGAAUGUCUGUGGCCAAGCUCCAGCAGCCGGUCUACAAAGUGUAUGAGGCCGGCUACCACCCUCACCGGACCAUCAUCCUCGACGAACAGAUCGAGUCACCGGAGACGCUGACGAUCCGGCUCGAGGAGGAAGCGGCUCGAAGUGGAGGAGACCUCAGCGGGGGAUGCCCCCCUGGUCUCCUGCCAAUGCCCAUGUCCGCGUAUAAGUCGCAACCGGCUCAACUGCACGCGUAUGCAGACUCGGCUUACGCGCAAUACUCUUCGCAGCCAUUCUCCUCGCAGCAAACGGAAAAUGCUGCCUCGCAGCUCAACCAGAUGGCCUUUGCUGCGAAUAAUGCGGCGUCGGGGCAGUAUCUCACGGGCCAAGUUACGCCGGGCACGAGUGUGAAUGUCUUGUCGUGUCAUCCCAGCGGUGGCGGCCCUGGCACCAAGGUGUCGCUCAAGGUAACCUGCCAGUACGACCUCCUUGGCGGCAGCAUGACUGCUUCGGCACCCUUCGUCUCGGUCGUGUUCGGCUCGCACAGAUGCAUCGCACAUGUUUCGAGAGAUUCGCGGGACGGGAACGGCACCUGCACAUACACCAUCACGGCCGACGCUCCGCAGUUCCUGAGCACGGGUUGUCCAUCGCUCAGCAACGUGCCCCUUACGAUACUUCUGGAGAAUGCAAGCGGCGAAGAAACGGCACGGUUUGCGAAUGUCGGCGUCUUCUCGUACCAUGACGCGCAGAGUGGUGCUGUGGGUGGCAGCGUGGCAACAUCGGUGCCGGAUGACGGCAGCCCGCCGGAUUUGGGGUCUCCCAAGAACCGAUCACCUGCGCACCGGGACAGUCCCCCAGUGGCAGGCCGGUCCAGGGCCGUACCCAGCCCCGUGACUCAGCAACCGCUGCCGGAGGGUUCUACGAGUACAUAUGGCUUCUCUUCCAGCGUGUCGGCCGCCCAUGCUGCUGCGCAAAUACAAGCCCAAACUCAGAGCCCGUCCAACUUCGCCGCCAGCGCGACCGGAACCUACGGCCAAGGGAGCAGCAGCAUGCUGUCGUCAUAUCGCGGCACAUCCUUCGCGGAUCAGUAUCAGUCUCGCGCACCUCCGUUGCUGCGGGCGCCGCAUGGACCAGGAGCAUGGAUGUUUGGCAGCCAGCUGGAUCCUUUCCGAGCACUCUCCCACAGCCACAGCACACACAGCGCCGGUUCCCGCCUGAGCCUGACUCCGCUGCACGCGCACCAGGGUUCUGCCACACCGCAGCUGAUCAGGACAAGCACGCUGACGCAGCCCGCCAGUGGCUUUCCCGGCUACGGCGUCUACCAGGAGAAGGCCACGUUGAAAAUCUUCGGCGAUCUGUCCUCCAUGGCGGAGGGCUGGACGCAGGAAGAGUGGGAGAACAAGCGCAGGCUUGUGCUGUUCCGGAAACAACAGACAGGGAGUGUCCUGACGGUCAGCUUCAAGCCCGUGAGCGCGGCGGAGCGGCCCCCGCACAGCAUCUGCAUCAGCUGCAUCUGGUGGGAGGAGAAGCAGGCGUGCUACGUGACGUCGGUCGACACGAUCCACCUGCUCGAGCAGCUUCUUGCCGCGCCGAACCGGUUUGGCGUCGACGAGAAGAACCGCAUCCGCCGCAACCUGGAGGGAUUCCGUCCGGCGACCGUCAGCAAGGCCAGGGCCGAGAGCGAGGAGUUCUUCAAAGUCAUCAUGGGCUUCGGCAACCCAAAGCCGCGCAACAUCGAGAAGGACGUCAAGGUGUUCCACUGGAAGGACCUGGCCGGAGCGCUGUACAAGAUCAUCUCCAAGUACAGCGCCUCGACAACGACGUCCCUCAUGACGCCCAGCAGCUCACCCCACGUUGCCACCUCCGUCGGGCUGGGAAGCUACCCGGCCUUGCCGCCGACACCCGUGUCCACGACGUCAAGUGCCGCGACAGACCCGACCGCCGCCUCCGGAUAUGUCGGCACCACGAGCCCCAGAACGCUGACGGGGAGCUCUUCGACAUGGCCGCCGUACGGAGCAACCACCAAAACGAUGUCGCCGCCGCAUAAAACAACCGCGAACUCACCCACCCUUCCUGGCUCUGGCCUGCGCCUCUCUACUACCUUGCCGGUAGUCUACGACCACCGCGGCACGACACACGGCCUCCCGUCUCCGUACGGACUGCCUACUCCUUCCCACCCGAGCGGGCAGCACCCGCACGGAACAUACGGCCACUCUGGGAUCCCGGUCUCGCAGGGCCAGUCGCGGAGUUGGGAGGGGUACUCGGUGGCGGCCGCCGAAGCCUAUCCCAGUCAGACGGACAGCGGUCACAGCCAGGUCUACGGUGGCGGAGCGUACGGGGAGGGUGCGCCGCGUGCCUAGGCGCGUGACGCAUCCCUACCCACCGGCGCCCACCAUCUGCCACCGACCCCGCCUCGUUUGAGGGAGUCCAAAGCCGCGGGGGGAGGGGAGGGGCAGAGGGCUGUAGCCUGUGAGGCGCUUUGCGGGCGCCGGCACUUAGAGAGUCCCCUCCC